GAGUUUUUGAUGAAUUAGGGGCUCUCAGUGGAUGCGUUCAGAGUGUGCGCACCUGCGUACGACCAGCAGUGUCCGCAAUCGAGGAUACAACUGCAACAUCCCUCUCAAGUGAGAAGCUGCUCCUUCGUCCGAAAGCGACCGCGAGGAAGGAUUUGGAAACGCCUGGUUUUUAACAAUGAGUGAAAUUUCUGUUGGAUUACAAACUAUGAAGAGCUUUCCCCUCGCUCUCUCCUCUGAGCAGCUGUGACCAUCGCGUCCAGACACCGAUACGCACCGUCCUCUGACACAUCUUCACUUGUUGUCACCCUGCGAGAAACAUGUCAUCCAAACUGCUGGCCUAUGUCUUACUUCUGUCAGUCCUUCAUACCUGCUCUCUCUCAUUCGAGUACGAAGGAGACUACGAGGAUGUCACAGUGAACCAAAUGCUGGCUCCUAAAUCACAAGAAACCGACGCCACGGAAAUACUCAACAAUUUACUGAAAGAAUAUGAUAAGAAACUGCGACCGGAUAUAGGAGUCAAACCAACUGUCAUAGAUGUCGACAUAUUUGUAAACAGCAUUGGACCAGUGUCAUCAAUAAAUAUGGAAUAUCAAAUCGACAUCAUCUUUGCCCAGACAUGGACAGACAGUCGUCUCAGAUACAACAGCACAAUGAAAAUAUUGACUUUGAACAGCAAUAUGGUCGGACUUAUUUGGCUACCAGACACAAUCUUCAGAAACUCCAAGAAUGCAGAUUCCCACUGGAUUACAAUGCCUAACCAGCUGCUCAGAAUAUGGAAUGAUGGGAAGAUACUUUACACCUUAAGACUGACAAUAAACGCAGAAUGCCAGCUUCAGCUCCACAACUUCCCAAUGGACGAGCACUCCUGUCCACUCAUCUUCUCCAGCUAUGGAUACCCACGAGAUGAGAUGAUUUACAAGUGGAGGAAGAAUUCUGUGGAGGCGGCUGACCAAAAGUCCUGGCGCCUCUACCAGUUUGAUUUUAUGGGCCUGAGAAACACUACAGACAUAAUAAAGACCACAGCAGGGGACUAUGUGGUGAUGACAGUGUACUUUGACCUGAGUAGAAGAAUGGGCUACUUCACCAUCCAGACCUACAUCCCCUGCAUCCUCACUGUGGUCCUCUCCUGGGUGUCUUUCUGGAUCAAAAAAGACGCCACACCAGCCAGAACGGCUUUAGGUAUAACCACAGUGCUGACUAUGACUACUCUCAGUACUGUAGCCAGGACAUCAUUACCCAGAGUGUCUUAUGUCACUGCCAUGGACCUUUUUGUCACCGUCUGCUUCUUGUUUGUCUUUGCUGCACUGAUGGAGUAUGCAACAUUAAAUUACUACUCAUACAGUGCCAGAAGACCCAGUUGCAUGGAACCUAAAAGAUCUGUAAUUUUGCCUGUCUCUUCUUCUUCUCAGAACUACUCUGUCCUGGAUGUGCGACCCCCACACACCGUCAUUGCUUUGAACAACUCCAUGUACUGGCAGGACUUUGAGGAUGCUUGUGUUUACGAGUGUCUGGAUGGAAAAGACUGUCAGAGUUUCUUCUGCUGCUUUGAGGAGUGUAAAGACGGUGCAUGGAGAAAAGGACGUGUCCAUAUAGAUCUACUUGAACUGGACGCAUAUUCACGUGUCUUUUUUCCCACCUCCUUCUUACUGUUCAACAUCGUCUACUGGGUGGGUUAUCUCUACCUUUAGCACUAGAGGAGCCUGUUUGGUUUUUAAAGGAGGACAGCACAAUUUAACAGGAGAAAUUCAAGUUUAAUAAACGGUAACACCAAAUAAACUCUCUCCUGUGGUACCCAAACAGUUACCUGGAAAUGAAAACGUAGUGUGAUCCCACAGGCCUGUGCCAAGCAGGGUGGUGGGAAGGACAGGAUGGACUAUGUGUUAAAGACAAUAUAUAGACAAAGAAGGAAAUGUGCUUUGCACUGCUACCCCAAAUGUCUCAAUCAGGAGGAUGACUUGUGUUGUAGGGAAUGUACAGACACGUUAUUAUCCAGCCAUCAGUCAAAUCCAGUUGAUGAAAAUCCAAGGACAUUCAAACCAUUCAUAGUGCCUUCCUCUGGAGGGGUAGAUACUAUUUGCUACAAUAAUCAGGGAAAAAUGAUUUACAAAAAAUAAAAAUAAAAAAUAAAAAAAUAAAAAAAACAAGAGCCUGGCUUUGACUGAUUAUGGCUGCUCUCAUUCAGAGCUUUGAGUUACAUUUAUAAAACAGCCAUUUCUUGUAAUAACCACAUGAAGAAUCAUUCUUUCGUUCUUAUCACUUCAUACUGACUUUCAGCCAUCAGGCAUGACUCAUUCGUCAUGCUUGCAAUGCUAUUAGCAUCCCUAUAUGUUUUAAUAAAUAAAUUGGUGCCCAGGGAGGAGGAAGAUCUGAAUAACCUUACAUAAGAAGUAAUAACUUGUGCAUUAUUGGCAUAUUUGUAUACGUUUUAGAGUGUGAGGUCAAUUAUUUUAAUGGUUCUUUAUAUUUUAUUUAUGUUUGUCUUUGCAGAGGGACAAAUUUCUCAUCAAUCCUUGGUGUGUACCCAGGGGCUCAACAGAAAAAAAAUAUAUUAUGGGAAAGUCCCCUCAAUAAGUGGCAUGGGUACAAAUGGCAAUUGAGCACAGAACACCAACCUCAUGUAUACUCUCAAUUAGAUGUAUUUAAAAAUACCUUUUUUCUUUAAGGGAAAUGUUUUGAUAUUUGAUGCUACUUGGCUAAUUCUAAUAUUGAUACUACUCUCAUGUCUGUACACAAAAUAAAAAUGCUAAUGCCAGCAGCCUGCUAGCUUAGUUUAGCAUAAAGACUAAAACUUUACGUACCAGCACCUGGACUUUUAUGAGGAUUAAACAAAUAAGCUAUAAUUUCUUAGUUAAUAUCAAUACUUUAGCUUUCACUAGUCAGCUAAGCUGCAGGCUUACCUGCUGGCUUUAGCUUCAUAUUUAACAUACAGACACAAGGCUGUCUGCAUGCUAAAUACCUUCUCAUCUCAUGGUAAGAAAGCAAAUAAGUGCAUUUUCCAAAUGUAAAAGCAUUCCUUUAAGAUAAAUGAGUUCAGUAAGUGGUUUAUUUUAUUUGAUAUGAGUCAUAUGUGAGAUAGUAUUUUUCUCUCUGUCAGUACUUAAAUGUGAUAUACACAUGUGUUUUGCUAUCACUACACUGGUCAUUUGCCAAGAGUUUCAGCCAUCUUUGCACAUAAACUGUUGGAGAUAGCUGCUGGUGAGUAAAGAAAUGAAAUAUAAUGCUGUACUCACAAAGUUUCGCCUAGACUGGUAAGUAAAGUUGACGCUAACAUUGUGUAUGUAGCAAUAGCAAAAACUUACAUAUAUCACCUUUAAGGUCAUAGGGGUUGUAAAGAUAACAAAUCUUUGGUGAAAUAUAACUGUAAACAGACUGGGGCCUUUUGAGAUGAAACACCUACAGAACAAAGGCAGCCAUGCAUAGAAUUCAAGUGUUAUUUUUCUAGAAACAGAUAUUCAAUUAUACAUAUUCACCCCAUAUAUUGGUGUUGCACAGCAGCCACUUCCUGCCAGAGCUCUUAGCACACAAUAGAUACAAUGAAUAGGCAAAGAAUUGAUUUGUCUUUCAGCUGUUAAACUAACAACCCUACAGUUCUUUUCCUAACUCUGUUGGUGAACAGGACACCCAAAUUAAAUAUAAUGGGUGUUAUUUGUACAUUACUUUAGGCACAAAUAUAACAAUCCCACUCAUUAGGAUCACUCAUUUCUGUUUGGCUGUUGACCCAUGUUUGCAUGCAGUAGACAAUUAACCACUACCCUGAAGAAGUUGUAAUACUUUGGGAGAUAGAAUUAUAGUUUUAAUAUGGACUGUUCAAAUCAUAAUUUGAUUUCCCUGUGUUUAGACUUGGCAUUAGCAACCGCUGAAUUGCCUUAGUGUAGCCUGCCCAGAGCUGAGAUGAACAGCAGAAAUACAUAUUUACCUCUGAUAAUAACCUCAGUGUGGUGAAGACCUCACUUCAGCAAAGGGUACUUCUUUGCCCUGGGCAGUAUAUUUAAGUGUAACCUUUUAUAUCCCUUUUUUGAGCAAUUUUCUUUUUAUUAUAUUUGCUAUAUAUGUGCCAAAUAUUUCACAUAUGUGCCCAGUCAUUUAUGUUUUCAGGCAAGUGUGAACAACCCUUAAACAGUCAUAUUAAUAUGUUUUGAAACUGCACAUACAGUAUAGUACGGUGGUGGAAACCUCAAGAAGAAAAAGACAUUUAGUACAUAUAUAGCAUUGGCUUUUGAAAUGUGGUGUUUAUUGAUUGCCAGGGUUGAUGCUGCGUUCACAUUGUGGCAGUAUGCCGUAAAUGUAAACUAAAGAGUCAUUAUUUCAGGAAGGGUAAACUCUGCCAGCACUGGUGUAAAGUGUUCCCUACUGUGCCUGCAGACAAACAAGAUGCUGAAUGAAAAUGGAUGCAGCCACAAAUGUUAGUGCACAUACCCAUCAUGUCUCCUCAACAAACACAACUGCUGACAGCAGAAUUUUUUAAUUUAUUUUUUAUUUUUUUGCUUUUGGCAUUUAUACCAGUAACAUACUUUAUAAUAACCACAAAAGUUAAACUGCCACAUGUGGCAUUUUGGCCACAAUGUGAAUAUGAAACUAUUGUUUUAUAGCACAUUUAUGAUCAGUGUUUGUUUUUCAGUGCUUGUUGAUUCAUUACUCUAUGGAGCUCAGCUGUCAGUGUUCUGACUCCCUUCUGCUGACAGAUGAAGGGCGAUGCAAUAAGGUAUUCUGAGUGGUGCUAUACUUUACAAUAACUCUUGCAUUUCCAUGUUGGUGUAAAAAGUGAUAAGUAAGUUCCAAGAACAUACACUUUUUGUGGCACUUUUGCCUUUAUUAGACCAAGAGAGGGGAGGUAUACUGUAUGACAGAGACCUCAGGCUGGUUCAUCACCAACUGAGUCACACUGCAUUGCAUUCAUUGGUAAGUUUGUAUUCUGUUAAAUGGGCCCUGACUGUUACAAUCACACUGACUGUCAACUAAAUUCAUUCUUGUCUCACUCUGUAUUAUAAGGCAAUAGUGUCUAAAACACACAACAGCAGCAAACACAGAAAGUUCCUGCAACAUUUAAAUGAAUAAGAAGCAGAAGGUCAAGAGUUAUUGUGAACAUGGCUCCAGAUGGUCUAUGUAAGUUUGCAUAGUUUAUCAUCAUUACAUUUUCUGUAAGAUCCUCUUUAUAUUACUUAAAAUAUGCUUUUGUCUUAUGGCAGGUAAGGGAUUUAUAUAGGACAAAGAUCCACCCUGGGCAGAAACGUGGUCUAAUAUGGUUAAAUAAAAUAAUUAAUUCUUUAUGUGAGGGAUUUUCAUAGACCAUUUGUGGAUGCCUUUGAAGAAUGGAUUUGGUUUAGCACCAUGUCAUGAUGAUUUGGACAAAACAAGUUCUGAUGUGUUACACUGACCCAUCAGAUUUUCUAUUUGCCGUCCCCACUGCUUCCUACAUGCUGCUUGAAGUUUAAAAAAGCCUCAUCUCCACCCUCCUUUCUGUCCUUACUGCUGAUUUUACAACUGGACAGUCCAUAUUUUUUAAUUAUCUUUCCAGACACCAGGACAGCAAAGAGGGUAAACACAGGGGAGGAUUCAGGCUAGGAUUUGAUCCCAGGCUAAUGUGGGCAUGUGUGUAGCUCCAGCCUGAACCAGUGAACCAGUUCUGGGCACUGUGUCAUCUGUGCUGAGAAUCAGCAGGACUUAUGCAGAUGGAGCAUCUGAGGGGCCAAGUCGGUGACAAACAUUUAGAGAUGAAACUUAUCUUAUCUUAUUGUCACUAAUGUGCUAUGUAAACCCCUUGCAAAGAAAGUUGUGUAUUUUGUGAUUUGGAAAGUUUUGUCACUUAAAGUGCAAGUGUUUAAAGUAUUGGUGCAUUUUUGGUAACUUGAAGUACAAUAAACUCAGUGCAAAGGCUGCACUGAUUCUAAGCCACAUUCAGUAUUGUUGUUAUAAAUAAGCCAAAGACAAUUCUGUUUAGUUUGUUCUCUUAUAGUUGAAAUCACGUGUUUUGGGUUUUUUAAAAAAGAGUAGAGCUUCAGUUUCCAUGUAUCCAGUGCAGUACUGUGGAGUGUCAUUUAAAUGGAAACUAUGAGCGUAAGAGAAAUAAUUAGCCUAGAAGUGCUUAAGAAUGGUCUGUCAUUUCAUCCACUGUUGUAUUAUUCGUGGCAGAAAUCUCACUAACAGCUCCUGUAUGUGCUGAGGAGGGGUUUUGACGGGUGUCUCUGCAGCUGUGUUUCUGCCACCAGCUUUCAUUCUGUAGCCAGACUUUUGCUAUCUGCAGCGUGUUUCAGCAGUGGUGAAUCAUAUUUCUGUUGACAUGUAUUAUCUCCUAUCUAACUUACUGUAUACAUAAUACUGGACUGUACACUUUUUCUGCAUUGUGUUCUCAUAUUUGUGGCUUCAGUGUGACAUAGAUAUCUCAUUACUCAAUGGUACAGUCAAGUGCAAGUGUUGAGACUGUACUCCUCAACAGUGUGGUGUCCCGUGAGUGGGGUUGUUUUGAUGAUAUAUCACCUUCGGCUCCAGUAUCUACAUCCAUUUCUGAUGACCAUGCUAUUUUCAUACCUAUGGUUCUUUUUAUAUCUGAAAUGUGCAUUGCUACUGAGGACCAGAAAAUAUGGAAUAAAGGUUUUUUUUUUCAUAAAUGUACAUCAGUGCUAUCAGUUUUGCUCUCAGAAUGUUAUUUGUCUAAAUAUAUUUAACUUAAAGAUAUUGUACAAGUAGGACAAAAAGUUUUUAUUAGAAAAUGUGUCUCCUGAUAGACAAUAUCUUACCCCAGCUGCUCUUUGUACACCUCUGGUGUUUUGUCAAAAUACAUUAUGGACAAGAUGAAAGGCAUAAUAGGGCCUAUUAGUGAACUACUCCACUCAUAAACUGCUUAUAACUAGCAAAAGAAAAAUGAAAUCAUAGCCAGUCUCCACAGUUGCACCUGAGCAAAACAUUUAAACCAAUUAUUUGCUGUAGGUCAUCUCAGUCACCCUGUGACAGAAAAAGUAACAAAGUGGGCCUGAGUCUGUUUUUCAAAUUUAAUUGUACAUGCCUGAAAUCCAAUAAACAGUAGACAAGUAACGUUAUUGGGUGUCCCUGGUAAAAAUGUUUGCUCAAGCCCAUAAAUAAAUUAUGGAACUGUGUCUGCCCUUUAACCACAGAGGCAAAAUAUGAGUCUCCUCAUUGAACAUGUUAGAUUGUUCUUACCACAAACACAUAUACAGGGUAGUGAGGGUUAAGGUCAUGAACUCAAAAUAUCAUUAAAAGACUAAAUGAUUAACUAUUAAAAGACCAGUUCACCUACAUCACAAAAAAAACUGUAUAUAGUGACUAUUAGUACUGUUACUAUUGUAAUGAACAUUGCCAACAGUGAUAUCCACAGUAGAAGUAAAGUACAUGUAAAGUACAUCUUCUUCUUACACUGAGAGAAGUAAGAAAGGGUCAGAACUGCAGCAAAAUGCAGCUCAUUGAAAUGCUUUGUG